AUGAUUAGUCCAAAGAAGCUAGUCGAAUUGGCCAAGAAGUGGCAGAAACUGGCUGCAACCAAGCAAAAAAGAGUCUCGUCGCCGAGCACCUCUGGGGUUAUUGAAGCAGAAAGUUGCAGAACAUGUUCAAUGACUGAGAAGGGUCAUGUUGUUGUAUACACAAAUGAUCAAAAAUGCUUUGUGAUUCCUUUGAAUUUCCUUAAAAACAACAUCAUUAUAGAGCUUUUUACGAUGGCAGAAGAUGAGUUUAGACUGCCAGUCAAUGGACCAAUCACGUUGCCAUGUGAUGCAGUUUUCAUGGAGUGUGCAAUCUCUUUGAUUUUAAGGAAUGCAGCAAAAGAUGUAGACAAGGCGUUGCUUAUGUCCUUAGCUACAUGUUUGCCAUCUUCAAAUCUCCAUCAAAACCAAAGUAAUCAACAAUCAUUAAUUUGCAACUUCUAA